AUGUUCUUGAGCUCACUUUUUCAUCCCGCUUACUCUUCAUCUUCUAUUCGUCCAUUGUGUCGCAUUGAUGAGAGCUCUGCCUUGUUGCAAUUCAAGGAAAGCUUUAUUGUCAACUCCACCUGUGGAGGUCCUUAUGAUUAUCCUAAAGUUGCGUCGUGGAUGCUUGAAGGAGAAAACAACAGUUGUUGCUUGUGGGACGGGGUUGAUUGUGAUGAUGACACUGGUCAUGUGAUUGGCCUUAACCUCAGCAGCAGUUGCCUCUAUGGUUCCAUUAACUCUAGCAGUAGCCUUUUCCGCCUUAUGCACCUUCGGCAACUUGACCUCAGCUACAAUUUCUUCAAUUACUCUCGGAUACCAUCUACUAUAGGCAAUCUUUCCAUGCUGACAUAUCUCAACCUCUCUUAUUCCUUCUUUCAAGGUCAAAUUCCAUCAGAAAUUUCACUACUCUACAAAUUGUCUGUCCUCGAUUUGUCUAAUAAUUUUAAUUCAUAUUUACAACUUUUGGAGCUCAAAAGACCCACUCCAGAAAGCCUAGUACAAAACUUAACCAACCUAGAGAAACUUGAUCUCUCUGUGGUAGACAUAUCUUCUCCAGUUCCAAAUCAGUUGGCAAAUAUAGCCUCCCUGACUGCUCUUGCCCUCCAUGAUUGUAGGUUGGUUGGGCAAUUUCCAAUAAGGAUUUUGCAGCUACCAAACCUACAGUUUCUUGAGCUAUGGAGCAACUUUGAUCUCAAAGGUUAUUUGCCUCACUUGCAUUUGAGCAGUCACCUUAAGUAUUUGUCAGUGGGGCAUACUGGAUUUUCUGGUGAGAUACCUGCCUCAAUCGGAAGCCUGAAUUCCUGGGAACGUUUGGAUCUCAGAGAUUGUAAAUUCUCAGGGUUGAUUCCCCCUUCACUUGGUAAUCUUUCUAAGCUCACUAUUCUAAACCUUUCAGGAGACCAUUUUAGAGAACAGACACCUUCUUUCUUCUCAAAUCUCUCCCAACUAAUUCAGCUAUCAAUUUCCUCUUAUAACAUGAGUAGUGGGAGCUUGUCAUGGCUUAAUCAGCUCAACAAAAUUAAUCUUUUGCUCCUUCCCAAAAACAAUUUAAGUGAGUUUCCACCAUCUCUUGCCAAUUUCACCCAACUCACUGCUUUGGAUUUAAGCUCUAAUGAUUUCACUAGUCGCAUACCAUUUUGGGUUUUCAAUCUAACCAAAUUAGUUUAUCUGGAUUUUUCAUUAAAUAAGUUGAGCGGUGCCAUUUCAAGCUCUAUCUCUCAACUUGAGAAUCUUGAAUAUCUUGAUCUUUUUUCAAAUAAUUUAAGUGGCAUGGUGGAGCUAGACAUGCUACUUAGACUUAAAAACUUAACAGCAUUGUGUGUGUCAUUGAACAAAUUAUCAUUGCUCCCCCCAAAAAAUUCCAAUGCUACUCUUCAAAAGUUCAUGAUUUUGGGGUUGGCUUCAUGCAAUCUGAGUGAGUUCCCGAACUUCUUACAAAAUCAAGAUAGAUUGGGUUCCUUAGAUUUAUCCUUCAACAAUAUUCAUGGCCAGAUACCCCAAUGGUUUUGGAAAACAAGUACAAAAAAUCUGAUCUUUUUGGAUCUCUCUCACAACUUUCUAACCGGCUUUAGCCAAACUCUUGUUGUUCUUCCUUGGUCUCGUUUAUUCUUUCUAGACAUAAGCUCGAACAAGCUGCAAGGAUCACUGCCAAUUCCACAAUCCCUCAUCUUCUUCUAUUCAAUAUCAAAAAAUGAACUUACAAGAGAGAUCUCAUCAUUGAUUUGCAGUUUAAAUUUUCUUGAAGUUCUUGAUUUGUCGGAGAACAACUUAAGUGGAAAAAUUCCAAAAUGUUUGGGAAACUUUAGCAAUUCUCUCACCAUAUUGAAUUUAAGAAGAAAUAACUUGCAUGGCACUAUUCCUCACACGUGGACAAGUGGGAACAAAUUAAGGAUGAUUGAUGUGGGUGACAACAAGUUGAGAGGGCAAGUCCCAAAAUCAAUAGUCAAUUGUAUGUUGCUCGAGAAUCUUGAUCUUGGAAACAACCAGAUCAAUGAUAGUUUUCCCUUUUGGUUGGCAACCCUUCCUGAGUUGAAGAUUCUCAUAUUGCGCUCUAAUUAUUUUCAUGGCCCAAUAGCGGCUCCUGAAUUUAGUCUUGUGUUCCCCAAAUUGCGCAUCUUUGACAUUUCUUGCAAUAGUAUCACUGGUAGUCUACCUUCAAAUUAA